CCCACCGUCGCCGGACGAGGGGGCGCCGAUCCCGCCGCUUGACGCCGCUUGACUCUCUGCCAGUCUGGAGCCUGGAAGGACUGUGGAGGUCGCUGCCUUGACCGCAGGAAAACCCUCAAAGGGAGAAGCCCCUGCCUGACAGAGGUCCUGUCCAGGCUCCAGAGUUGCCGUGGCUGCUUCCUCUGCCGCUAUGGGGCGGGUGACUUGGGGCGCUCUCCUGGCGCUCGCCUGGCUGCCUUUUGUGGCAGGUGGAUCUGCCGAGCCUGGCAGCUCAAGAGGCCACAGGCAGCUCUUAACUGUGAAUCAACCUGGGGUCUGUCGCUAUGGAUCUAAGCUUGACUGCUGCUAUGGUUGGAAAAGGAGUAGCCAAGGGCAUUGUGAAGCCACCUGUGAACAUGGCUGCAAGUAUGGAGAAUGUGUGAUGCCAAACAAAUGUAAAUGUUUUCCUGGAUUUGUAGGGAAAACCUGCAGUCAAGAUAUUAAUGAAUGUGGAUUGAAGCCACGACCCUGUGAACACAGAUGCAUGAACACUCACGGCAGCUACAAGUGCUAUUGUCUUAAUGGGUAUAUGCUCAUGCCUGAUGGUACCUGUGCAAAUUCCAGGACAUGUGCCAUGGUGAAUUGCCAGUAUGGCUGUGAAGAGGUGAAAGAUGAUGUACAAUGCUUGUGUCCUUCAAGUGGACUGCAGUUGGCAGAAAAUGGGAAAACAUGCAUAGAUAUUGAUGAGUGCUCUACUGGCAAAGCUAUGUGCUCUUUCAACCGUAGGUGCAUCAACACAUUUGGAAGCUACUACUGCAAGUGCCAGAUUGGGUAUGAAAUGAAGUAUGAGAAUGGCCGAUAUGACUGUAUAGAUAUAAAUGAAUGUACAGCAAUUACAAAGAAAUGUAACCUUCAUGCAGAGUGUUUCAAUACUCAGGGCUCCUUCAAAUGCAAAUGUAAAUUGGGCUACAGAGGAAAUGGAUUUGAAUGUUCUGUUAUUCAUGAAAAUUCUGUGAAAGAAAUUCCUAGGAUUGUCGGAGUUACCAAAGAGAAAUUUAAGAAGCUAUUGAUGCAUAAAAACAGUGUGAAAAAGCAUGAAGACAUAAAAAAUGUGAUUCCAGAACUUCCUGUGAUUCCACCUUCUAAAACUCAUGUCAGACCUUUAGACUAUGAAGAUGGAAUACAUAUAGAUGGUCUCCUUAGCAAACAGGGAAAAGGCACUGAAGAUGUUGGAAGAGGUGAGAGAAUAGAAGAGAAAGAAGAGGUAGAAGGAGAAGACCAUGAAAACCAGGGGAAGCCUGAAAAGAAACUCAGAGGAGAUGUUUUUUCUAAAGAAGCUGCUGCUUUUGGCCCAUUCCAAGUACAAAGGAGAAUUCCAGUAGAAAAAACAGAGCUGGAAGUGGACUGCAGCUUUGGUCAAGGGACAUGUGCCUGGCAGCAAGAUGCAAAUGAUGAUUUUGACUGGAAUCCUGCACAUCAUGAUAACGGUGACGGAUAUUACAUGGCAGUUCCCACCUUUACAGGGCACAAAAAGAAUGUUGGUCGUUUGAAACUUCUCCUUACAGACCUCAAGCCAAAGGGCAUCUACUGUCUCAUUUUUAGUUAUCGACUUGCAGGAGACAGAGUGGGAAAACUACGAGUAAUAGUAGGCAAUGAUAGCCAUACUCCUUCCUGGGAACAGAGCAUGGCAGAUGAUGAACACUGGAAGACUGGACAGAUUGAAGUAUUUGUGGGGGCUGAAUCAUCCAUGAACAUCACUUUUGAAGCAGAACAUGGAAAAGGUAAAACUGGAGAAAUUGGAGUGGACACUGUUAUACUGGUUUCUGGCCUGUGCCCUGAAGACCACUUAUCUGAUAUCUGAGUUUGUUGACACUAAUGACUAUAGUAUUUACUGUACUAGUACAAGUUUUUAUAACAUUGUGACCGAAAUACAGUGAAAAUCUGAACAUCACAUUGUGAACUUGAAUACAGGCAACAAGCUGAAGUAUCUAAAAUGUCUGUCUUUAGGUAACUCAGUGGUGUAUAAGCUAUACUAAACUUUGUUUUAUGUGUAGCUCUACUAUAUGGGUAGGGUCUAUGUGAAAAAUAUUGGUUUAGCUCUUCUGCAAUGAGUACUUUAUUUUGUAUAAAAUUAUCUUAUGUAAGAUUCCUGUUGUAUGUUCCCUAAUAUUCCCUUGCACAGUGUGAAACAUUGUCUAAAAAUAAGUAGUCAUCUCUGACAUUUGCAGCUGCAACACUUGACACUAUAGAUACACUGGUAUCUGCCAUGCCCCCAAAUCCUUCUUUAUACUUUACAUAUCAGAAAGCUGCAGCCAUCUGCCUGAUGAGUGUUCCCCCCACCUUUCAUCCAUCAACCACAGCAAAUACUAAUGUCACUUAAAUAUUGAAGUGACCUUAAUAAAGCAAUAAUAUUGACAAUCUUGGACAUUGGUUCUGCAUGAGAGUUUCAUUUUGAAGCUUUGUAAUUCUAAAAGAAAUAUAACAAAUAAGAAAUAUAAUAUUCUAUGUAAAAUAUAAAAUUCUAAAAUAAAUAUAUGAAAGUCUAGUUAUAGAACAUGCUACUGUCAAUCAAGAAGGGAAGGAGGACACAUAUUUCUACAUAGGUAAAGCACUAAUCAGGAGAAUGUUUUGCUUCCCAAAUACUUAGAUUUGGGUGAUAGAAGUGGUGUCACAAAAACAUAGGACCAAAAAUCCUCAUACUAAAAACAGAAGGAUGGCUGUGAUCCAAGUUGCUCAGGACACAUGGAACUUCGCCACCUGUAACAAAUGAAACAGUGGGCUCAUGUGAACCACUUCCCCUUUCUGUAGCUGCCUAUAAGUAGGGUCACAGAAGAUUGUCCUACCUCAGUAGUUGCAAACAUAAGGAAUUGUGGAUGAGCAAGGGUCUUCCUGUUCAUUUUAAUGUGCACAUUCCUAUUGUGUCCCCAAUGCUCACCCAAUCAAUGCACUGAAAGGAAUAUUACAUGCUUUCUGGGAGUUUUGCUUGAACUUCAGAAUGCUCAUAGAGCUUUGGAUGAGGAUCACUGGUGUUUUCAUGGCACAACAAUAUUGCUGUAGGACCAAAAAAAUCAAAUUUGUAGGACCAAAAAAUCAAUUUGAAAUCAAAUUAAAUGGGCCAAAGCAAACAUGACUUUGUGUUAAAUUCUAGCCAUCUGAGAAAAUGAUGACAACUUUCAUCCUCUUUCUGCAGCUUAUUCAUUAAAUGAACAAUAUUCAUUUGGGGGAUAACAUUUGAGGUGUGUAAAAUUCUCAAAAUGUUCUGUUCCAUAAUAAAAACCUUUCACGCCGUUAAGGAAGUAAUAAUUUCCUUUUUGAAAUUAUAUAUUUUGGAUAAGUAUUAUAGCUAAUAAAAUAAGUGAAAAGCACAUUGGAGUUAAAUUAAGUUAUCUUGGGUUAUAAAUAUUGUUCCUGGAACUUAUCCAAGUGUGUGCUAUAAAGAUUUAGAAUCACCUUUAAAUAAUUACUGUAAAAUCUGAUGACAGAUUUGCAGUUAAAGAAAGAAAAUGUUUCUUGAUGAGGUCUAAAUUUGUACAAGGCAUUAAUUAGGUUCUUAAACAACUUCCAGACCUCAACAAAAACAUUCCUUUCUAUGUAUUUCUGUAACUUGUACAUCUGCGGGUUUAUCUGUCUGCUUUUAAUUAAAAUUAGGUUUAUAUUUUACCAAUAAGGCCAAAAGAUUUGUUAUGUUUUAUAACAAAAAGCUAGAUCUAUGCAACUUGAGCUAGUUCUUCAGAUACACUGUAAACAUUUGUAUAUUUGUAUAUACACACACAAAAUUGUUUAUUGCCUCUUUUCUUCUUAUGCCUAUUAAGGGUGUAAUCCUAAAAAGAGUUCCACCCUCCUAAACUGUUAAACAAUUGGCUUAGAAGAGAGUCAUUCUGAUUAGAAUUGUAGUACUAUUGCCCAAUCCAAAGGGGCAGGGAAAGUAGAGUGGCCGCUGUGGAUGGUGCUGCUGAGCUGCCUCCAAAGAAACUAUCAGGAGCACGGACUCCGAAGGAGAAGGAGAAACUCCGUUCCACAGUGGAAAAUGACUUAAAACACCUUUUCUGGUCGUGUGAGUCAGCACUGCUGAAGGGGAAUGUUUCUGGGCCCAAAGUCCAUUGGAAGCCAACUAAAGUUGGGUCUGCCCCCAGGAAUGCCUCCUUACAUGCUGGUGCAGGCAUUUAUGGUGGCAGCUAGCCACCACAAGAACGAGUUUUUGGGUUAGGGCGCCGACAUCCCUGCCAGUUUGCACAGCGCUGGUGGCAUGGAUAUCAGCGCAAUUCUUCCGCCACUUCCAAUGUGGCUUCAGCCCCCCCUGUGGAUUGCACAGUUAGUCUUUAUACCUUGCUUUUCAAAUUAUAGUCUCAAUAGUGCCAACGUGGAUGUAACACUCCCAAAUUAUUAAUCAUGGUAAACAGAUUAGCAGUGGGUCAUGGUGUCAUGAGCUCCCUUUCCAUCAACUAAAACUCUAAUGAAUCUAUCCUCCUGCUGGGCUUAACUAUAGUGUAGAUAACCGUCCUUAUAUUAAUCAUUAAGUUAAAAAAAUUACGUCAGUCUGUGAAGGGCUAGGUUAGAACUUUGUAUGCAUAUAGACUUAUUGUUAAUAUUGUUUGCAGAGAGGUGGGGGUGUAGAGCAGCAAAAACUCUACUUCCUCUAUCUGCAGACUAAGAUGGUUGUACCUGUUGUGAGGCCAAAUGGUUAGAAUGAAGCAGAGGUUUUUUUGAAACAAGGGUUUGAUAACCAGCUAAAUUGUACUUUAAUUGUAUUCCUGCAUUGUACUUUAAAAGUUCUCUCCUUCCAAUUGUUAGCACUGUAUGUAUAAGGAAGAGCAACCUUUUAUACUAUAACUUUGGACACAUUGCUGUAGGUCAGGGAAUUAAAGUUCAGUAAUAUAAAAAAUCUGAAUAGGAAGACCAGUCCUGUUCGGGUAGAUGGUGUCA